AUGGAAAAAAAUACCCAAUUAGAGCAGCUUCUAGAAAAAAAAAUUAAAAAGCAGGAGGAGAGCCUACGGGAGAUUUGGGACAAUGCAAAACAAAACAAUAUUCGAAUAAUAGGGGUUCCAGAAGGAAAGAAAACUGAGGUAGACAUGGAAAACGUAUUUCAAGAAAUAAUGACAGAAAACUUUCCUGAGAUAGAGAAGAAAAAACCCACACAAAUCCAAGAUGCUCGCAGAGUCCCAAGCAAAAUGGAUCCCAGAAGAUCGACGCCAAGACAUAUUAUAAUUAAAUUGGCAAACACCAAUGACAAAAUAAGAAUCUUAUAA